AUGGGAGCUGUCCCAAGCAGGGAGUCACUUUUGCGUGGUCUUAUCCGUGUUGCUCCCAAUAGAGAGUCGACCGACCACACCGCUGCAACGUCAAGAAGAAGUGCUUGGGGGGGCGCGCAGGAGAUGGUCUUAGUACCGCUUAUACCGGAUUACUUUCCAUCUGCAGAAGAGCCUUCUUUCCUGCUUCUUUUUAAUGUAUACAAGGAGGCUUCACUGUGUUGCGAUUGUGUGCAUGAAGUGGAUUACUUAAUGAACAUGAAGCAUGUAGGUACAGAGAGGGAACUUUACGAGCAUUGCAUGCAUAUUAGCAAACAACGUCUUUUUGAGACGGACAGUGAGUUAAUGGCUGUGCAUCGUGCAGGGAGAGUGUUUAGUGCCGUGCCAUGUGCUGUAGCAUUUGUUCAGGAAUGUGGCUCAUUAAUAUCAUCAUCAUCAUCAUCAUCACCCGCACCAUGCAGGCGCUCUCCUUUGGGUCAAACGAUACCUACGGUUCAGUUACAGGGUUUAAAUUUGUACAUUGUUGGGUUUAUUGGGGAUACAAACUUCUGUCCACCCUCCAUUCCACAGAAUAAGGCAAAGGAUAAUCCAUUCAAGAUGGUAUUAUUACUCUCAAAGAGUGUGGGUGGAAAUCAGCGGAUGUUGGUAACAAGCCUUGCGGCGUACACGCUUAUCACACAAUUGCGGCGGAUUGGUAUUGUAGACGAUCCCAUGAUGUUUGCAUAUCUUCCUGGUGCCUACAACAGGAUGGGGGAACAACAGCAGUUGGGGUUAAAUAGCCUUCAGCUCAAAGAGGGAACUGCACCUGAGGAUCAAGAAGUGGAUAAGAAAUGGUGUUGGGAAUCGAUGAAUAUUAGUGGGCAUGUCAUAUUCCGACCUCUGGAAUUUACUGUGGCGUUAUCUGACAUCCCGUGGCUGUGUUACGUCCGUGAGUUUCGUGCACGACUUUCUGAGAGUACUUUGGAUGUUCCACCCACAAGCGGAAAUGAAAAGGAGUUGCUGUUGAGUGCAGACACGCUGACAAAACAUUCUUUAAAAACUUUUGUGGAAAGCGAUUCCCUGUGCGGGACGAUGGAUGCAGGUCCGUUCAAGAAGUGCGUCGAGUGGGCCUGUUGGCAUCAUGAGACACGGUUUCAGAGUCUUGUUGGGGCCCAGGCAACGGAAUUUCGUGCGGCAUUGGCCAAGGAAAACUUAAAAUGCGUCUUGGAGGGGAACGUCUUUGUUGACUCUGGCGAGCCCACUGGUGCCCAAAGGGGUGAUGUGUGGAUUGUCGGGUCCGACAGUUACACACGCGACAGGAUCCAUGCUGCCUACACUCCCGUCACACGCGGAUCCGUCAUGUCUCACGACGGUAGUCAAUGGUGCCUGCAACCGGAUCGGUUUGCGGAGGAAAUUUUAUUGUCUGUUUUUUGCGAUGAGUGCAAACGAGCGCGAACUGCCGAUCCCGACGACCCCCAUUGGAUGCGUGGCACAGACGGCUCGCUGCUCUGCAGUGAGACGGGUCUCUAUUGUUGGAAGUUUGUGAGGCAUGGACUGACGCUAGUGUACAGCACGGUGCCGGGGUUUGCCAAGCAGCGAUCGCGGAAAAAGAUGCAUGCGACUUUGACUCACGGGAAUGGCGGUAUUGUUUCCGAUAAGCCCGUAGACUCUGUGGGGGCAAAGAAGAAGGAGUGUGGGAGAUCACCGUCCCUGAACCACAGCGGGCCGUUCUUGGCUGUGGGCCGCUCAUCUGUCGUGGGAUUGUCGAGGAAUAGCCUCAGCUUUGAAAAUGCCUUUGUUGGAAGCCACUGUGAGUCCCCAUCGCAGUGGGGGGCCGCCAGCUACGGAGAAGGUGGAGACGUCUCUUGCGCACAUCUCUCAUCGGAACAGGACUUAAAAAACCCCAUACGUUCUUUUAAUUCAUGCGAAUUGAGAAACGCCGUGCUCUCCCCGCCUGGACCUGUAUCUCACCCGGUCGACGUCCGGGUCCCAACCAUUUUUUCCUCACAAUCAACGCAACUGUCUGUGACAGCGCCUUCCAUUGCAUCACGGCAGCAAAAAUCGUGUUUGGGGUCUUUCAGCCAAGCUGCCUCGUUCCAAGCGGAUGCCCCGAAGAUUAUCAAGCAAACUGAACACUGCUUGGAAGCGCACGGCAAGGGGACAGACGGUAGCACUUCUGGGGGCGGUCUGCGCGCGUACGACAGGGAGGGAAAGUACCGCUGGGAGUGGGGACGGCGCUUUAAGUGA